AUGUCGUUCGAACAUGGCAUCCAACCAGACGGAUUGGCUUUAGAAUACGACAACAAUGUUGUACAGUUUGAGAGUGAUCAUCCCGAGUGGGGUAUUGAUAAAGAUGUGAAGCACCAGCGGACAGAUAGAACAGACGUAUUUUUCACGUCGAACGACCAGAACAAGUACACUCCGCGAGCAAUUCUAAUAGAUUUGGAACCAUCGGUGAUAAAUAGAGCAACUAGCGAUAUGCCCAUGUUCAAUCCUCGAAACAUACACAUGAGUGCCACAGGCAGCGGUGCUGCUAAUAACUGGAAGCGUGGGUACGAUUAUGGAAGGGAGCAUGAAGAAGAGUUGAUUAAUUUGAUUGACAGAGAAAUAGACAAGUGCGACAAUCUUUCUGCUUUCCAGCUUUUUCAUUCUGUUGCAGGCGGUACUGGGUCAGGAGUGGGAAGCUUGUUAUUGGAGAUUUUGAAUGAUCGUUAUGGUAGCAAGAAAAUACUCAGCACAUUUCUGGUUUUCCCUUCGAGUGACAAAACUUCGGACGUAGUGGUGCAGCCGUACAACACCGUCUUGACAUUGAAAAGACUCAUUGAUUUUAGCGAUGCCACUUUCGUCUUCGACAAUGACUCUUUGAAUUCUCUCGAGGCCACAUUUAUGGGCAGCAAUCCUAACAGAGGUGUAUCUCUGAAGACGGCAUUUGAAAGCGCCAAUAAGCUCAUCUCAUUUGUUGCAUGCGGCAUAACGAAUCCAUUGCGCUUUCCCAGCUACAUGUACAGUUCUUAUGAAUCCAUUGUCUCAACUUUGGUUCCAACACCAGAUUUAAAAUUCCUUUCCUCUGCCAUUGCUCCGCAUUCCCAAAUCCCAGGCGUUCCUCUGAGCCAGAACUACGUGAGCUUGAACGAAUACGACAUUGUUUUGGAGCUCCUCAAUAACAAGUAUAAGAUGAACAGAACAAUCGAAAACCCAAAGUACAUCUCUAUGCUAGAUUACGUGAUUUCCGACUCCGUGAACCAACAGGAAAUCUGGAAAGGUGUCACCAGGGCACUGCAAAGAGUUGAAUUUGUUCCGUGGGCAUCGUCCACCAUCCAUGUUGUAAAUGGUCGAAAGUCACCGUUUGCGCCCAAGGACGGGAUCAGUGGCUUACAGAUAUCCAACAACACGUCCAACAUUGGUCUUCUUACGAGAACUCUUAGACAGUACGACUUGCUUGCGAAAAGAUCGGCCUAUUUGAACUACUAUACCGACUCUGACGAUCCAAGCGAGAGACUGGAGAUACUAGAGAAGUUCAAUGAGAGCAAAGAGACUAUCUUAAGCGUCAUUGAUGAAUACAAGCAGUGCACAUCAAUGUCAUAUCUUGAGGAUGACAUUUUGGAUGAGGAAAUGAUGUCAUAA